CGUGCGUUGUCCUUUGCUCCUGUCGGUUGUGUCCGCGCACCGGAGCCUGGCUGGGGCCUCUCGACAUUCUCCGAAUCUCCGAAUCAUUCUGGCAACGGGCCGUGCACACACCUGUGCGCUAUCACCCUCCACCGGAGAGUAAACGACUUGGCAAACGAUUGGCCAUAAUAGCAUUCAUUGAAUCCGAAAGAGCAAAUGUCGGGCCUCAUGUCGUUCCCAUUUAAAGGCCACAGCUGCAUUGGCUUUUGCCACUGAACACUAGCACUUACUCGUAUUCGUACUCGUACUUGUACUGGUACAUAUGUACUAUACGGAUUGUGGUCCCUACUAUGACGCUCUUACAAAGACUUACAUCCACGGCAGCCAGCACGGCCAGGACAAUUCUCGAGGGGAGCUUUAGCAGCAGCAGCAGUAACGCCAUCAGUAGGACAAAGGAGUCACAGUUCCAGUUGCAGUUGGAGCCAUUCACCGUACCGAUGCCAUUGCUGGAGGCUUCGGCAUCACAUGCCCGAUAUUUGAAUUUCAUUGCCGACGGUCUCGUGGACGACGGUGCUGGGAGUUCAGGAAGCGGCGGCAGCGGCAGCAGCAUCAGCAGCAGCUCGGUCACCAUCGAAGACGUUGUGUCUGGCCGAGGACAGGACAUCAAUGCCAGUGCCGCCGCUGCCGACGACGAUGCCGAGGGCAGCACACAUCUGACAUUCGUCUUCGUCAAGUGUUUCAUUAUUGGUUUCAUCAUACUGGCCGCCAUCCUGGGCAACAUGCUGGUGAUUGUGUCCGUUAUGCGCCACCGGAAAUUGCGCAUCAUUACCAACUACUUUGUGGUUUCACUGGCCGUGGCCGACAUGCUGGUGGCCCUCUGUGCGAUGACAUUUAAUGCCUCCGUUAUGAUAUCGGGCAAAUGGAUGUUCGGCUCCAUCAUGUGCGACAUGUGGAACAGCUUUGAUGUCUACUUCUCCACGGCCAGCAUAAUGCACCUCUGCUGCAUAUCGGUGGACAGGUACUAUGCCAUUGUCCAGCCACUGGACUAUCCGCUCAUUAUGACGCAUCGGCGGGUCGGCUACAUGCUCCUGAUGGUCUGGCUGUCGCCGGCGCUGCUCUCCUUUCUGCCCAUCUGCUCGGGCUGGUACACAACGAGCGAGAACUGGAAGUAUCUCAAGUCGAAUCCUCAUAUAUGCGAAUUUAAAGUGAACAAGGCGUAUGCCAUUGUCAGUUCGUCGAUGAGCUUCUGGAUACCGGGAAUCGUGAUGCUGUCGAUGUAUUACCGCAUUUACCAGGAGGCCGACCGGCAGGAGCGUCUCGUAUACAGGUCCAAAGUGGCGGCCCUCCUCCUGGAGAAGCAUCUGCAGAUUAGCCAGAUACCCAAGCCCCGGCCGAGCAUUCAGGUGGAGCAAUCGACCAUAACGACGAUGCGGAGGGAGCGAAAGGCGGCCCGCACUCUGGGCAUCAUAAUGAGCGCGUUCCUCCUCUGCUGGCUGCCCUUCUUCCUAUGGUACAUCGUCUCGUCCCUCUGCGAUAGCUGCAUUACUCCGCGUGUCGUGGUGGGCAUCCUCUUUUGGAUCGGCUACUUCAACUCGGCAUUGAACCCCAUUAUCUAUGCAUACUUCAAUCGCGAUUUCAGGGCUGCCUUCAAGAAGACGCUCAAGAGCUGCUGCUCCUAUGCGUUCAUCGAUUGUCGCCCCAGCCACCGGAGGGGCGGCCGGGAUCUGGACUUUGGCGGCCCCAGCAGGAGGGGGACCAACGGAGCCAGGGUCGGCUCGGGAUCGGCCGAAAUGCCCAACUGUAUGAACUCAACGGCCUCCUCGGAGAUACACAUGGGUGUAAUGCGAGCCCGCCAGUACGCCGUCAAUGUGACACCCACCACGGAUGCCCAGCAGCAGUUGCAUCCUCUCUACACCAACUAGUCUCCCUGGAAUGCUCCUCCGCCUCUGUGUGCGUAGUGUGUGUACAUAUAUGAUUGUGUAGUUGUCUCUAGGUGCAAAGCUAUUGCCAGAUUGAAAAAUUAAUCACAAAUUCCCACACACACUGCAUCGACAGGAAUUUCCAGAAUUUAAACAAAAGCUACAACAAGAACAAAACGACAAUCCCACAGAUAAAAAGUCAGCCUUCAAAGGGUGCAACAGCAAAAAAAUCACCAGGAAAUAAAGAUAGAAAUAUUUCGACAUGAAAACGAGCAAGGAAUUCCAUAAAGCAUUCAGUAAGCAUUCAGUUGACAUUUAGAGAAACACAAGUGAAUAUACGAGUAUAUGUAAAAUAUGAUAUUGUAUGUUUGAUAUACGUAUAUAUAGAGCUAGUUGUUUACCUAUAGAAAAUAUGAGGAUGUGGAAAAGGAAUGCAAUUACAGUAAAAAACAUAAAAAAAGACAAUUUUAGGCUUGAAUGAAAGUAAAGCAAAUAUUUGGUUAGAACUUGAAUUUAAUUUGAUAUUUCUCAAAGAAAUGAUUUAGUUUUGAACUGUUUUGAACUCCUUUUCGUUAUACAUUCGAAUGAUCUUGUUCAUAGAACUAAAACCAAAGAAACAUACAUACUAUAUAGAUGAGUGUCAUAUGCUAUAUAACCACAUACUAUAAUCAUUCAAAUAUGCAUAUAUAGAGAGAGCCCUGAGCAAAACUAACAUAAUCAUAUCCAUGGGGUCUAUUAGCCACUCUGCUCUGCUCUGUCGUUAGUACCUAGUAGCUGCCGGACUUCAAGUCUCUCACAAAUGUUGUAUGUAGUGCAAAGCCACAUAAAUAAGGAGUAUACUCAUAUGAACUAUAGCUACCUUUACCUCUACCUUUAUCUUUACCUUUACCUGCUGAUGCAACUGUCGAUACAAGAUACGAGAUACAAGGUAUUGUAUGUAGAUGCAAUUGACAUUCAUAGAACUGUUCUGUAGACCUCUCUAGCCCCCCAUGCCAGCCGUUGUUCUGUUGCCUAGACAAUCUUACUGAAAGCACACACAAUACACUUAUCGCUCAUUCUGGGCCAGGUUUACUCUCGCUUUCGGCCACAACUGUAACUGCCACGCCCCUGAGCCACACGCCCAACCCGAAUUUGUCAUCGCCGUUCGCCGUCGCUCGUCGCUCGUCGUCCCCAUAAAUCAAAGGGAGUUCAGCGGGGUUCAGCAUAGAACAAACAAGAAAUUGGCUGGAAUUGUUUGUCUAAAAUAUUAAAUCGUUCCAAAUACGAAUACAAGCAAACGCUCACUUUUUUCCUGCGAUUCAAAGUCAUUAUUUAAAGCGCCGGCUUAAGAGCUCACUGCUGUCGACAAAUUGGCAACCGUCCGGCCCUCUCUUUCGGAUUCGGAAUGACUACGGGGUAUAUUAUAGGUAGUAUUUUCCUUUCCCUCCGUGUCUGCCCGUCUGCCCGUCCGCCCGUACGGCAGUCUUGUCAAUAUUUGCUUUAUUUAACUUUCGGCGCUUUUUGUUUAAACUGAAGAACGCCACGGCAUAAGUUUGCCGUCAGCAACGCCGAUAACAUUCGAAAUGUAGCCAAAUAUUGUUAGCUAAAUUAAUGUUAAAUGAGCAAACGAAGGGGCGGGCAGGGAUAGAACGACUGGGGGAUACUCUCAGCCAAAAGAGUUUUAAUUAUUUCAUUGCCGCAUUGCUACUGUUGUUGACUCACGUGCCUGAUUGCGAUGUCGUGUAAAUGCCAGCCCGAAAGAUUUCCAGGUGCAUUGUCCUGAGAAAAGCAUUGCAUCCGUUGAGGAAAUACAAAACAUACGAGUAUACCUGAUUAAAUAAAUAUACAAAAAAGUGAGCCUAAAAUAGGAAGCAAUCUUAGGGUAUCACCAGGUGUACGGCACACGUGUCGGGCAGUUGGUUAAUCAACUGCUUCGAACGGCAAAAAGCGUCAUAAACAAUAUGUAGCUAUACGAUUUAGUUGAACAACAAAUUGGCAUGUCAACUGACGGUAGGAGGCAUGUGACUUUUCGUUAUAAAUAAAUAAAUUAAGCAAACGCUGGAGGAGAAAAUUAAAUAACUAAAUGAUGAUAGCUGCUAGUCGACUCAUUCCGUGAUCCAGUCCCAGAUAAGUUUCGCACAUCCCAAACGAAGAGAUAUGAUAUCUCAUGUGGACAAUGCAUGACUUUGCUCCAGCGCCUCUAUCCUAACGUUACUGACUGAUUCAUUUCGUUUCUACAUUUUAUUGUACCUUUAUGACAAUGCGUGCGGCUAUUUGAAAUACAAUUUACCUAAGCUUUGACCGUGUCUGUAAUUGUAUAUAUGUAUGUAGAUCUGUGUGUGUAGAAGAUUGAAUCCCUAAAUCUAUCGUGUGUAUCUUGUGUGUAGCCAAUAGAUGUCACACAAAAUAAUAAAUAAAGAAUAAACAAGAAGCCAAAACAGAAUCGCUAUCAAAUAAAUGUCCAAGAGAAACGUUGAGCUAAAGCUUACAAUAUUUUGUAAUGAAAUUACAAAUUGUGAGCAAUAAUAAUAAUGGUAAAAUAAUUGUUAAAAAUACUCGUAUCCGUGUGUAUUAUUGAUGUGUACAAUAUGUGGUGGGAAAGCAUUAAAACCGGAGAACGGCAGACCACAUUAUUGCAAUAAGUAAUUACCAAUAAAUGUGCAAACUUGUAGAAUUAUACGUAACUCUGUGGCCCUGUGGCCCGUUAAAUAUGUAAUACAAAUAUUAUUGUACGUCGAGGAAACGUGGUAGCAAACGGGUACGAACAUCAGAAUGUUAAUUAAUUUGUGGAAAAUACGAGUAUAUACAAAUCUGUUGGUGGCUGCGAUUGUCGAUUGUGGGUCAAUUUUCGGAAUCGGAGCUGAGAUACCUUCCAAGUUUCACAAGCGAGAGAACCGAGAGACAAACUCUCUCUCGCGCUCUCUCGACUUUGGUAAAUGUUAACAAGCGUUUUGUCAGUGGAAACUAUAUUAUAUUAUAUAUAUAUUUAUUAUACAAAGGGAAAUGAUAUGCAUGUACAUAUGUAUGUAUGUAUGUAUGUAUGUAUGUAUGUAUGUAUUGUAUGUGGUGUACCCGUGUACGAGUACAUUCAAGAAAUGAAGCAAUUACAAUCGUAUGGAAUAAAGUAAUAAUAAUAAAAAGGUUCAAAACAUCAA